CCGACAUCGCUGGGUCGGGAGGUGCUCUCGGCCAUCGGGCUCGCGGGGCUGCUUUGCAGGGAGGGCGCUGGCUUCCUGGCUGGGAAUGGGGCGACGUUCAUCCCUCGCUUAUGAGCGGAGAUGUCCCGCCUUACGUCCUCCCGCCGUUGUGCUGCUGGGGCUGAAUGUUUAUCAGAAAUCACUAACACAGCUGGUCCUGUAGAUGCCAAGGAAGAACUCUUGGGUGAAUGUGAGAGCAUUUGGAAGCAGAUGGAAGAGUGUCAGAGCAAGCUAAUGCUUCUCGGAACAGAGACACUGCUACAAUCAGACGCCAAGCUUUCCUUGUUAAUGCUGCGAUGGAAAGCUUUAACUGUAGAUUCUCGUCAAUGGCAAGUGAGAAAUCCUGAAAUCAUUUCUACCAAUCCAGAUGCUCUGUUAGAAUUAGGAAAAGAAGAGUUGCAGAAGGUAAAAAAUGAUCUUGAAAUGGUCCUGUCAGCAGUUCGGUCAAAGAAUAAACAACUGGAAGAAGAUCUAAAAAGAGAACAGCAGUGGUAUGAGGAACAGAAACAGAUGCUAGAUACUCUUAAUAAAAUUGAAGAAGAGGCAAAUAUCCAAGUUGAACAACCUUCCACAAAAAGUUUGAAAGUGAGAGAGUUCAACGAACUGAAAAGUAAAGUACUGAAAUUAAAGACCUAUAAGAAAAAACUCUUGAGUGCUUUGGGUGAAUUCCUGGGUGAACACUUUCCCCUUCCAGAGAAAGAUGAAAAUAUUGAAAACAAGAACCCAUCUUCAGAGAAAGUUGUAGAACUGAUAACAUUGCAAGACAUUUUAGAGAUGCUGAUAAACAAAUUAAUGACCACACCACAUGAACCUUACAUAACAAUCAAUGAGUCAUUUUGGCCACCUUAUAUUGAGCUGCUGCUGCGAUGUGGAAUGGCCCUGAGACAUCCAAAAGAUCCAAACAGAAUGCGCCUCCAAGCUUUUCACAAGUAGUGUGACUUACAAGUGCACACAUGAAAAAAAAACCAACACCAGUGCUCUUGGGCUAAAAUUCAGGGCUAGGAUAUACUUAGUUUCAUACUAAGCUUUCUUAGUAUCAAUGAUCACAUCUUGUUGGAUUUUUUUUCUUUUUUAUUGAAGUGGAUUUUUAAAAGCAUGUUAUUUGGAAAUAGGAAAAAUCUAUUUUAACUGCUUACAGUUGGCCUUCAGUGUCAUAUCAAGAUUUGCAUUGUGGAAGGUUUUUUUAACUGCUUCUAAGUAAGAUAGAUGCCAAUUAAUGUAAUAGACAAAAUCUUUUUGUUUUAACAGUCCUUUUAAUUUUAAAAAUCAUACUUUAUACAUUACUUUUAUGGCUUAGAUUUCUUAGCCUGCCUGAAGUUGUCUCAGUUUCCUUUAGUAUUUUCUUGUACAUUGUAAAGGCAGAAUUCAGAAUAAUAUCACUCCUCCUGUGCAUGGCCUUGCAAACAUUUGGAACUAACAGACAGUUAUCCUCUUAAGAAAUGUGUUAUGCCUUGUUUGUUUCUCGGAGCCUUGGCAAACACUUUUAUUGGCUCCAAGAUAAACAGUUAGGAAACCUGACACAUCUUUCUGUGCGAAGUGUAGCAGAUGUCGAGUCUGUGCCUUUCACUGCAUGCUUCCCAAAUGGACCAUUUUGUUUGCAUUUUGCUUUGUUUACUAUAUUGCCUUACAGUAUCUGUCUUCACUUUUUCAGACUUGGUUUAUUAGGCUUUUAAUGGAUCUCUGUUCUGUUCAUCUCUACAGCUUCUAAAUUAUGUCAGUUGAGAGUUACCUUCCUACUCGAUGCUGGCAUUCUGUGUAAUCUGUCUUUUCUGCAGGCAUUGUUAUCGUAUUGUAUUGAGUACAAAAAUUCUACUCUUGCAUAUCUGUAGUGACUAAAACUUUGGAAAAGAAAGUUUGUCCUUUAUUAACCAGAGUGUGGUUUAUUGAGGGAGGAAUUUUGAUGAUUUUUCAAUAGAUGGAAAAAUAAAGAGCUAGUAUACUAUCACAGAAUGUUUUUGUAUGAUGAUUUUUAGAGUGGUAUUUAUGUGAUUUGAUGUGGUGACUUGUAAAGAUGAUUUAAGGACACAUGGGAGAGGUAAGGGGGACCAAUAUCAUGUAAGUUCCAGUAUAAUUGUCCAGUAUAAAUGUUAAUUAUAAUUAAUUAUAAUUAAAUGAUAAGCAAAAAAAAAAAAUCAUUCAUCUUGUGUAAUUUUGGGUGAAUGCUGUUCAUUUUACCCUCACAACUGGUGAUUAAGCAUGAAUAUAGACUGGUGUGUGCUGUUGUGCAUGAACAUUGACUUCUUUUUGGUUCAUAUUGCUUGUGUAACUACCCUCCUGUUGUGGUUUAACCUCUCUUAUUCACUUAUGAGCUCUAGUGUCUUACUAAUCUAUGCACAUUCACCUUACAGUAUUUUUAACUAAGAAUUCAAAUAACUACAUUUUUUGGCUUAGAUUUAUAGCAUUGUCUCUUUAGGUUUUUUUCUCUUCAUUUGUGUUUAAAUGCUUUGUAUUCUGCUAUCCUUUCACCUUAUUAUUAGUACUGCUCAAGUACUUCAUUGAUGCUGGAUGACUGCUUCUGUCAUGACACUGGUAAGUAGAAGAAAAAAUGUUAAACACGCAGUAGCCUCUUGUGUUUAAAAAGAAGAACAAUACCAGCCCAUACUACUUGCCUCCCAAACCAAAGCACCGAGGAGAUAGGAUAGUCUAUAAACAAGUGCUCUGAAGAAGAUGCAAUAUUCAUUAUUUUUCAUAUCAAAAUCAAACCUCAUCCAAGUAAAAUACCAGAAAAAUUUAAAUGAAAGUAUGUCACAAAAAGCUUUACAUGAAAUUAUAAAACUCACUGCCAUAAAAUAUGUUGUAAGAUUACAUAUAAACUUGCAAAAAAAGCUCAUAGAAAUCAGAUUUCUGAGUAGUCAUUACAGAAAAUUGUCAGCCAGCAGGUUCAGAAUCUAUCCUACUAACAGUUGGACCCUGAGGAGAUACACAUAGAUAUUCCCUGAUAUCCCCCUGCAGCUCCACAGUAUUUUCUGCAUUCUCUGAAGCCUUUCUGCUUAGGCCCUGGAUAUGCUCAGAACCCAAAGGUUCAGUGUAGAGCUUUUUCCUCAGGGUUGAUUGAAUCAGUACAGCAGAAGAAAAGCUGAAGGGAGACAUAAUCCAUUUUCUCUCAGCCAAAAAUGCAUUGCCAGUUUUUAAGAGAACCUGGUUUAGACUGAAACAGAGCUAGCCGAAAACUGUAGCUCCUAGAAAAAUCCUGGCAAGUAAAUUGAAGAAAAUCAAGGCAGUGAUGAAGAACAGAGAUUCCUUUUGAAAAAAGCUAGGAGUAAACUCUUUCAUUGGUACUUUCAACAAUCAAGAAGGUUGGGGAGUAUGUUGAAAGAGUAGGGUAAUGUUUCCAUUUUUUUCUCUCUGUGUGCAUCUAAGUAACAGUUGUUUGUUUGGAAUUAACACCUCUAUUAAAUGCUAAUACUGGGACUCUGCAUUCUAUGAAAUAAGGAUUUGUUUAGCUUACUGUCAAUUUUUAACUCUAAAAAGGUAAAAUAACAAAAAGACAUGAUAUUAAAUUGAGAGCUACCAAGCCUGAGUAAGAUGACAAACUGAUCUUUGAGCUGGUAGUCCUUGUGGCCAGGAAGGCCCAUGGUAUCCUGGGUGGAAUAGGAAGAGCAGUGCCAGCAAGUAGAAGGUCAUCUUGCCAGUCUGCCUGUGCCUUUGCUUCUUUCCCUUUACUUGACCAGCAGUUCCCACCCAGCCAUACCUGUCUAGAGAGAAUCAGGCCUCUUGGUAAACUUAAUCUGUGUAUUGUAAGAGGUCAAGACAGAUGUCAUGACAAGAAUCUGAAAAAGGACAGAUGUCUUUGAUCUCAGUCAUUACUUAGUAAAGGAAGUGCUGUACUUGGCUAGGUCUAUUUGAUUAGGCCCAUAUCUCUGGAAUACUGGCGCUGCUUUGAAACCUGUCACAGCUCUGCCUUGGCACCAGAUAAGCAGGUAGCUUCUCCAUCUAGCACAUACCAUAUUCUCCUAGUAUGGAGCUGGUGGUUUUAGUAUGGUUAAGAGCAAGAUGUCACAACUGUGUCACCAGCCAGGACAUAAUUCACGGAUGAACAGUCACCUGCUCAAUCAGAGUCCUUGGGGACUGGUGCUUUCUGCUGUGACUGCUUCAGUAGAAAAUCUCACCCCAAGGGGGAAUUACUUGCCAUUCAGAUUUGGUGUGAUCUAGAUAUCAUUUGAUCAUUUAAUAUCAUAGACUGGCAUUUACAUGAAGAAGAAAUAAAUUACUCAUUAUAUAGUAAUGAUUAUUCUGGAAUUUGCAUGCUGUGCAGAGCCCCUGAUUCUUGCUUUUUGGAAUACAUCAGUACAGCAAACUUCUUAUUGCAAGGAAAUUGAUCUAGCAACAGGAAGACCUUCUUGCACGUAGUGUUACAAGGUUACAAGGAAGAGCAGAGCAUGCCUACCUCACAAGCUCAAUUCUGCAAAGGAUGUUGGGACAAACUUAUUGAUGUGAUUUCCUAGUGAAGUUACUAAAUUGUUCUUCAGAUUUCCAGCUUCUGAUAGUGGCAUUAAAUGGAACUGCUAUAUUUAUCUGCAUUUUUCAGCAUUGAAAAAAAAUGUGAUUUUGAGAGUUUGGUGUAAAAGUUUCUGGAUGUAAAGUUUUGGGAGAAAUACUCAUGAGAUUUGUUUGUGGUUUUGAGAGAGUACAGGUGAUGCUAAUGAAGACUGCUGUAGCUAGUUACAGUCAUAUUACAUAACCUUGGAAAAUUAAGCCGAUCUUGAAUUCUUGAAUGUUUGUUAGUAUUUUGGUAAAGUGACGCUAUAUUUUCUGUAUCUUAGAUUG